GUUUGGUUUCUGAAGUCAUUCUUGGGAGUUGACAGCUUCUCUUCCUGGUGUCAGUUGGGUAAUUACGUGGCUCGUCAACUCAAUGGCGUUAAGCGUUUGAAACCUACUUCUCGACCGGACGAAUCUGGGCCGAGAGAGUGUCAGCUACAUGACGGUGUUGUCAGGAUGAGCGGGACUCACGCGGGACCUGUCACCUCGGGGCAGUCUGACGCUUCGCCCCUUAACCCCGGUCUCGCCACCGAGGCUCAUCCCGCCUCUCAAACCGUACUAAUGUCAGUACGUGUUUCGGUUUGCCACUCCGGCAUUCGGCCGCUGUGUCUUCCCGGAGCAGGUGGCGAGUCACUGCGACUGCAACUCAGCAUGGACCAGGGAAAGUCCGGGGAUUUCCGCCUGUCGCUCUUCGACAACAGCGUAACUGGCUGGAGUAACACCAUUGCAGAAUAUGAUCUAAGAAGCAUUAAAUAUGAGGUGAAGUCACCCAAGUGCCAUGAAUUGAGUUUGGUCUCAUCUCAGAGUGACCGCAUCAGCUUUAACUUUCGCUGCGAGCAAGAAGCCCAGGAGUGGGCCACUGUUCUGAUGUCAUCACUGAGAGAAACACAGAGAGUCCCGAAAGACAACAAUUCGCAGAAGCCCCAGGAUGUUUCCCUUCCAUCAAACAUCUCUGCUCUACAAAGAACAGAGGAGUCUUGCAUCGAGUUGAGCCGUGCCAUCGAGGCUGGGGACAUCCAAGCUGCUUCUGUCUUUGCUGCUACAUUAGCCCGUCAACAGGCCUCGCUGAAGAUUCAGCGCACAACCAUGGCAGAUGAAGACAAGGAGAUCAACUUGACUGUGGUAGUUGAAGAUGCAUGGUCAUCUUGUUGUGUCACAAUCAAAGUUCAACCCCACAUGACGACUGCCGCACUAAAACAGCAGAUGUUUCUGGAAUAUGGCUUUCACCCACUCGUGCAGCGCUGGGUGAUUGGACAGUGCCUGUGUGCAAACCAGCGCUCAAUAGCGUCUUACGGCGUUCGUCAGAAUGGAAACACAGCUUUCCUGUACCUCCUCUCUGCACAACAUGCAGGCUUGACACAGCAUCUCCUUCAGAAAGACAAGGAGAGCCUUCUGUUAGGUCCAUCAAGUCUGUCUUCCUCUAUGACCUUUGAUCUCCCAUACACAUCUGCAAACAGCUCAUCAACCCAAAACCAGAGACCUUACGCCACCUUACCAUCCGGACCUAGUACAGGCAGCAACAGUGGUGCCUCAGCGGGAGGAAGCAUUCCAAAGAUCAAAGAUCUCAUCCACCUUGAAAUGCCUCAGUUAAAUGAAGCACUGAGCCCAAAACCAUCCACUUCACAGGGAUGGUCAUGCCCUUCUUGCACUUUUAUCAACAAACCUACCAGGCCUGGCUGUGAGAUCUGCAGCACAAACCGGCCUGAGAGCUACACCGUGCCUUUUGGUUACACUCCUGAUGCACUGGAACUCAGGCGGCUCCAGCAGGAGAAGGAGGCGGUCAGACAGUACCAGCAGGCGAGAGAGCAGGAGCGCAGAGAGAAUUACGCCAGGCUAGUACGAAUGGAUGGGCAGGACUUGGUGCCAAACCCAGAGCCUUUGGACUGUCGGAUUUGUUAUGUGGAUCUACAGCCAGGCGAGGGCGCCCUGUUGCGGGAGUGUCUGCAUUGUUUCUGCAGGGAGUGCUUGCGUUCUGUCAUCAUGCUGAGUGAGGAGCCAGAGGUGGCCUGUCCAUACAGAGAUGACACAUAUGCCUGUGGAUGCUACCUGCAAGAGAGGGAGAUCAGAGCAUUGGUCUCUGGGGAAGAGUACGAACGCUGGCUGCAGAGAAGUCUGUCUGUGGCCGAGUCGCGAUGCGAGGGCAGCUACCACUGCUCCACUGCAGACUGCCCGGGCUGGUGUGUGUAUGAGGACACAGUCAACGUGUUUCACUGUCCUGUUUGCAGGAAACAGAACUGCCUCAUUUGUAAGGCUAUUCAUGAGGGAAUGAACUGUAAACAAUACCAAGACGAUUUGGCGGUCCGUGCUCUGAAUGACUCUGCUGCUAGAAGAACAACACAUUUGUUAAUGACCUUGGUGCAGUCGGGCGAGGCCAUGCACUGUCCGCAGUGUAGCAUUAUCAUGCAGAAAAGAGACGGAUGCGAUUGGCUGCGCUGCACUGUCUGUCAUACCGAGAUCUGCUGGGUCACCAGAGGCCCAAGGUGGGGGCCCAAGGGUCCUGGAGACACCACUGGUGGAUGUCGCUGCAACGUCAACAAUCAGAAAUGCCACCCAAAAUGUCAAAACUGCCAUUGAGUGUGUCCCUAGUCAUGAGGGAACCUUAAUGGUAUAAAGACUGAAAGUGAUCGCUACACAGUGCAACAAUGUGCCUUCUCUUGUCCGACGACUAUUUUGUUCGAUCCUGCCGAGAUUUCUGUGUGUGCUGACUCUUUGGAAUGAUGGUCCCGAAAAGCCUGUUUUGUCUACGUUUCAUCGAAGAUGCAGUUGACUGAAGAGACUGUAAAUUCAUGCACGAAAGCUUUUAUCUGGUUUUUAAUGGUGAUGUUUGAGGUGAGUCUCAAGUGGUAGAUAGAUAGUGGAAGAUAUUACAAAAUGCCGAACAGCUAAUAGAGAUUAAUUAUUUUGUGUUUGUAUUUGUUGAGGUGCAGCUACUUGAAAGCACAAAGAGCUCUGUGUUCUCCUUCCAUACUUUCUCUGACUACUUUUUUUUUUAUUUUUACAUUUUAUGGAUCAAUGGGCUGCUAAUGUGUGUCAACUAAUUCUUCAAAACAUUGAGAUGUUGCUAAUGUUACAUUUGAAUAGUGAUUUGUGGUUAAUUUGGAAAUCAAUCUACUAGUGAACCGCUUGUGGUCAUGAGACAUUUGCGAAGUUAUGACUUGGCUCAUCCCACUCCAGUAUUUGGGUUUAUGCCAAAUUUAACCAGUGGGGGUUUUUUUUGUUGUUAUCCUGUGUGUGCGAAGUAUUAAAAUAUUUCAAGGAACAUGUUCUCUCCUGUUGAAUUGUUAUUUAGACAAGACUGGCGUUGAGCAACACAUCUAAGAUGUUAUUCAGGCAUGAACAGUUGGUAGUUAUCCUUAAGUCAACAUUCUCACAAUGUUUAUUUGAUCAUUGCAACUGUCCUGUCCUCACAUAUUCUGUACGUUUGUGUCAGAUUUAGAAAAUGCCUUGAACGUGAAGAGAUUUGCCUUUGCCUGUUACACUUGUUUGGAAGGUUUAUUACUUCUGUGUUUGAGUUCCCAUUAAAUGUCUCUUAUGUGAGUCCUGCUGUG